CCUGCCAGCAAGUAUACACCCAGUAAAUUAAAGCUUACUGCAUGAGCUGCAGACAGAAGUCAUAUGAGUGCUUGUAACAUGAAUGGAAAUUGUCUUCUACAGUGUCUUUUUAUGUUGCUUUUACGGCUUCAUGUUGAGUGACAGGUAGCGAGUGCCACUGUAGAACCAGUAGUCUGCUCACUCACUCAUCAUGAUGAAUCUUCUCCUGCCUCUCAUCCUCGUCUGGAUGCUCUCCAGCACAGAUGGAGCUCUUUGGUGUCUGAAUCAGUCAAGGAGCAACGCAGUCAGUCUCAUGUGUCCACCCACAGUCAAACAGUCGUGUGCAACAGCUGUCGUACAAGGAAGUGCGAUUCUACGUCCUACUGUUUCCAGAUCGUGCAUGCCGUCCAUCCUGUGCAGCGCAGGCACUCAAAUGUUUUCAUACAGCUUUGGGAAUUAUUAUCAUCGGGCAGCUCUUGGUUGCUGUAACACAAAUAACUGCAACGCUCAAACCCCGACUUAUCCUAAAAUUCAGGUAAAAAACGGGCUACAGUGUUACUCCUGUGCUGGUCCUGCCUGCAACAAUGUGGUGCAGUGUGUGGGAGUGGAGGAUCACUGCUUUAGUGGGAUUGCUGUGAUCGGGAACACCCCCACUCUGGUCUCUGGCUGUGCUUCUGUGCGUGUGUGUGCAGCUGCUUCUCAACGGAACGUCCCACUGUUUAUGAGCUCUUUUAAAUUCAUCAGAGGACCAAAUUGUUGUAGAACCAGCUUUUGUAAUUCACCCAGGAUUGCUAGAUCAGCCAGCACUGCUAAUUCACCCAGGAUUGGUAAUUCACCCAGGAUUGCUAGAUCACCCAGGAUUGCUUAUUCACCCAGGAUUGCUUAUUCACCCAGAAUUGCUAAUUCACCCAGGAUUGCUUAUUCACCCAGGAUUGCUAAUUCACCCAGGAUUGCUUAUUCACCCAGAAUUGCUAAUUCACCCAGGAUUGCUUAUUCACCCAGGAUUGCUAAUUCACCCAGGAUUGCUAAUUCACCCAGGAUUGCUAAUUCACCCAGGAUUGCUAAUUCACCCAGGAUUGGUAAUCCACCCAGGAUUGGUAAUUCACCCAGGAUUGCUAAUCCACCCAGCAUUCCUAAUUCACCCAGGAUUGUUACAGCUUCAGCUCUCACUUGUCUGCAUGGUGAAGGAGCCCACAACCAACAGCGCUGUGCGUCCGUCCAAGAGUUGUGUGCGACAGCUGCCGUAAGAGAAAAUGCACCUGGCGGUCUUCGGAUCAUCAGGUCGUGUAUGCCCUGCAGCGAAGGCACUCGUUUGUUCUCGUACAACUUCGGCAAUACGACUUUUGACGCCGCUCUUCAUUGCUGCAGAACAGAUGGAUGCAACAGUCGUACUCUGACUGUCCCAGCGGUUCAGGCAGAAAACGGCUUGAAGUGUUUCACCUGUGCUGAUCCUCAAAGUACCGUCUGCAACGAUACGUUGCGCUGUGUGGGAGCGCAGAACCGCUGUUUCCGUGGGAAUGAGACAACGGGGGCGACAGGCAAACAGGCCUUUGGCUGUGCAUCCUCAACUGUGUGUAAAGCUGCAGGUGAUAGGAGUCUCUUCGGCUUCCUUAGCGUCAAAUGUUGUGGCACCAGCUUCUGUAAUUCAGGUGGGACCGUCCACCUGAGUGUCAUCCCGUUUCUGCUUUCACUCAUCGCUUUUUUCAUCUGAGAGAGCAAAGAGCUAGAGAUGGGAACUAAACCAUCCUCGUUCACCCACUGCCCCAUUAUUUCAACAGAGACCCUUCCUCUUUUAGAUGAAUGCAUCAAAAUGUUUUUGUACACUGAUGAGGACCUACGAAGGUCAACGACUUCCUGUCUAUCGAACAAACCAUGUAACCACAGAGGGCUUUCAAUAAACAAAUCAUUGCUCCUCCCA